AUGGCGCUGGAGGCCCCGGAGGAGGGCGGCCUGCCGCCCCCGGGGGCCGCCCCCGCGGAGCGGGGCGCCUUCGCGGUGCCGCCGCCGCGCAAGAGGAGCGCGGGAUCUUGCCGGAAGAGCGAGGCGUCGUCCGAGGAGGUGCCCCACGCCGAAGUCAGCGGGUCGUCCACGGCCGGGCCCGCGAGCCACACGGAGGAGUGUUCCGAAGAGGACCUGCAGGACGAGCCUUCGUACAGUCUGACAGCGGAGAUCGCAAAGGCCAUAGCCGCAGGAGUGCUCACCGUGGUCACCGUCACAGUCGUUCUGGUGUUGCUUUUCCGCGCAGAGUCCGGGCACCGUUUGCCUGUCUGCGGCGACGUCUACGGCUGUGGUGAGCAGAGGAGCGUGUGCGAGUCCUGCGGCGCGACGGGGGACCAGAUGUGGUUUCUGCCACUGUUCGGAGAGUGGGAACAGACGUGGCCGAAUAAUCUCCGCGCCGUCCUGUAUUUCAUGGCGCUCUUCUGGUGCUUUCUUGGCGUGAACAUGGUCUGCGACUUGUUCAUGGCCUCGGUCGAAGAGAUCACCUCUGCCAGGCGGACCGUUUGGGUCGAGGGCAAGGGCGGCAUCCGUCAAAAGUUCCACGUCAAGGUGUGGAAUGACACCCUCGCGAAUCUCUCCUUGAUGGCGCUGGGCUCUUCCGCUCCAGAGAUCAUGGUCUCCACGAUGGAGAUGGGGGGAAGGCAGUGGUUCGCUGGCGACCUAGGUCCUUCCACUAUUGUGGGGAGUGCAGCGUUUAACUUGUUGCUCAUCUCGGCUGUUUGUAUUUGUUCCAUCCCCGCCACAGAGACACGGAUGAUAGAGCACCUUGACGUUUUUGUCGUCACUGCUGUGGUUUCAGUUCUUGCAUAUAUUUGGCUUGUGAUUGUUUUGAGAUUUUACACGCCCGACAAGAUCGACGUCGCAGAGGCGCUCGUUACGUUGGGGAUGUUCCCAGCUCUCUUGAUGUUUGCCUUUGCCACGGACCGGGGCUUUUUCCGAAAGCGCGUCGCUGAGAGCGCUGAUGCCACCGAGCAGCAGAUCGAGCAGCUGCAGAGGGACGUUUCCGACAAGUAUGGCAAGUUUAUCAGCGAGGGCACGAUCAAGAUGAUGAUCGAGCAUGGCAGCAGUCACACGGCACAGUCCCCAAGCCGCGCCCGCUACCGCCAGGGCAUAACCAGGCUCAUUGCCGGAGACAGGUCUUUGAUAUCUCGGCUGUGCAAGGACACGAUCGACAGCCAUGCCCCCACGCUCGGGUUCAAAGAGAAGAGGCACGUCGUACUCGAGUGCGCUGGGCACUGUGACGUGCCCGUCGUCUUGAGUAAGCCGACGGACCUCUGUGUAGAGGUUUCCUAUUGCACGUCGGACGGCGAGGCCAAGGAUGGCGUCCGCUACAGCGCCGUGACAGGGACGCUCUUUUUCGGACCGGGCGAGAUGGCGAAGGUGAUCUCUGUACCGAUCAUCGACAACGACGUUUGGGAGCCACCCGAAGCCUUCUACGUGAAGCUCUACGGCAUGAGAGCGGUUGCGCCCGAUCUGCUCCAUGGCCCCCCGGGCAAGGUCAUCAGGAAUUCUGGGCAGCUCCCGAGCUCUCCGAGCUCGAAGCGUUCUGCCUCUUCUGUCAGGAGCAGCUCGUCGAACCCGACGAUGAUCGGGUUACCGUCUGUCUUGUCAAUGCGCGCACUCCAGCCCCACCUCGGACUUGUCCGAGCGAAAGUUGUCAUCCUCAACGACGACGAGCCUGGGACCUUGUCUCUGAUGUCGGAGGUGUUGCGGGUGGGGCGAGAUGCCAGCAGUCUGACGGUCGUGAUCAACAGGUCGCAGGGAUCUUGCGGCGACAUAACGAUUAACUACACGACGAAAGACGGGAGCGCCAUUCAGGGCUUCGACUACGAGCACGCCGAGGGGACCAUAACGAUGGCGGAGGGCGUGCUGCAGGCAAGCGUCGAUAUCGCUAUUUUGAAAUGUGCGCCCCACCCAGAGGACCGGGUGUUCUGCGUCCACGUGACCGCUUCCACCGAGGGUGUGCUUUUCGACGCAGAGACGAACGGCGGCGCAGACAGUGCGAUCUGCGAAGUGUCCAUCGCCGGUCGCCCAAGCAGGUGCCGUCGGCUCAGAAGAUAUGUCGCCUUGAGCUUUAACAGGAGGCGAUUCUUGCUCGGAGUUUCAUUGUGGCGCGAGCAGUUUGUUGCGGCCUUCUUCUGUAAUGGAAGCCCCAGCGACCAGCAGGGCGCUUCGCUGUUCGAGUGGGUCUUCCACUGCGUGUCCCUGUUCUGGAAGUUUCUUGUUGCGUUGCUGCCCCCGACGGUGUUCUGCACGGGAUGGUGCUGCUUCUUCGUCGCCCUUCUGUUGAUCGGUUUGGCGACUGUUGUUAUCAUCGAUCUGGCGAAUUUGCUGGGUUGCGUGCUGGGCAUUGCCAACGAGGUGACCGCCAUCACUUUGGUUGCCCUGGGAACCAGCCUCCCGGACAUGUUCGCGUCCAGGCUCGCGGCCCAAAACGACGACACCGCUGACAAUGCCAUUGGGAACGUGACGGGGAGCAAUGCGGUCAACGUCUUUCUCGGCUUGGGGCUCCCGUGGACGGUUGCCACUCUAUACUGGCAGUCCCAGGGCGUCACUGAGGAGUGGCUCGCCAGGUGCCACGGAUCAAGCACCUACGCGCAGCUCUUCGCGGACCUGUACCCGUCUGGCGGCCUGAUCAUACCUGCCCAACAGCUGUUCUACAGCGUGGGGAUCUUCACCAUCUGCGCGUUGAUUUGCGUUGUGCUGCUCAUGUUCCGGCGUCGGUACUGCGGUGGCGAGCUAGGGGGAACGAGGAGAGACCAGUACACGCACAGCGCGGCGCUGGUGAUACUGUGGCUGGGCUACAUCAUCAUAUCGAUCGCGCUGUCAGAGCUCGUGCCCGCCUAG